AGCAUGUUUCUGCUGGGACGCCGUCUGAUGACAGGGCCACGUGGGGCCGCCGUCGGCGUAGGUCUUCUCGGAACUGCAAUGGUUGCCAUCAACUUGCUUUCAUCAACGACCGGUGUUGCUGCAUGCUCCGCCGCUCAACCGCCAGUCGCCGGCGUUGAUGGUAAGACCGCUACAUCCGUGUACGAUUUCACCGCGAACGAUAUCGACGGUAAUCCGGUACAGCUUGGCAAGUAUCGUGGUCACGUACUGAUCAUCGUGAAUGUUGCCUCGAAGUGUGGCUACACCGACGGACACUACAAGGAGUUUAAUCAGCUGUAUCAGGAGUACGCCGAGUCCAAGGGAUUGCGCAUUUUGGCGUUCCCGUGCAAUCAGUUCGGUGGGCAGGAGCCGGGCAGUAAUGCGGAAAUCAAACAGUUUGCCGAGGGCCGUGGCGUAAAGUUCGACAUGAUGGCGAAGGUGAACGUGAACGGAGACGAUGCUCAUCCGCUGUGGCAGUAUUUGAAGCAGCGCCAGGGUGGCACGCUGGUCGACGCGAUCAAGUGGAACUUUACGAAGUUUAUCGUGGACAAGAAUGGGCAACCGGUUGGACGUUACGGUCCCACUACCAGCCCGCUAGAGAUGCGCGAGGAGCUGGAGAAGUACCUCAAUCAGUAA